AUGGAUAUUAAAGAAUUUCGUAAAAGAGGAUAUGAGGCAAUUGAUAGAAUUUGCAACUAUUUCCAAGAAAUUGAUAACUAUGAUGUUGUAUCGAAAGUUGAACCUGGUUAUCUCACGAAGCUUCUUCCAGAUGAAGCACCCGAAUAUCCAGAAUCAUGGGACGAAGUUCAAUCUGAUAUAGAAACAAAAAUUUUUCCUGGUG